AUGAAUCAAUACAGCGGUGAGCAAGAAGUUAAUAAUAGUUCUGUGCAUCCAAAGGUACAUGUGCCGUGUCCCUCUCUGGCUCUUCCACCCAAACCGGAAGAACCACAAGUGGAAGACUGUUGUGGGCAAGGUUGUCAACCUUGCAUAUUUGACAUUUAUCAGCAGCAAAUGAGGGCCUGGGAAGCAGAAUGCAGAAGACUGGAAGCUUCAAAAUACAACACUGAUACAGCUGAAAUCAUUUCUCCAUUGCGGUGGUCUCCAUUUCGUUGUGUUUCUGUAGAACACGAGGCAGUCAAUGUUAAUGUGUACUGCUUUGAAUCAACAGAAUGUGACAGGAGUAUAAAUUUUUCUCCAUGGCAAUACUUGGUAGCUCAAAGUAACUUAAAUGUUUCCAUAUCCAGAGCUUACACCCCUCUCCCUGGCAAAACUGCAAGUCAGUUCAAUGUUAUUGUGAAACUCUAUGAGGGUGGCCUGAUGUCAGAGUUUUGGAAAAAGGUUUAUUGUGAUGAAGUGGUGCUAUGGAAAGGACCAUAUGAGACUGGCUUCCACUAUAAUCCCAAUAGCUACAGCCAUAUAGUGAUGUUUUGUGCUGGAACAGGGCUAGCACCAUGUUUCGCAUUGGCUCAUUAUGUUACAUCCAAUGAAUUAGAUGAGACUUUUGUUAGGAUUAUUUUUUCGUGCAGGACUAGAAAUAACAUUUUGCUCAGACAACCCCUUCGAAAGCUCAGAGAGAACUGGAAUUUUACCUCAAAAACUGUAUUAACACAAGAUAAUGAUACAGGUUUGGAGAAAUGGUAUGGCGAGGAUCUUUCAUCGGGAAGGAUCACUUCAGAAGUUGUUUCCAGUGAACUUGCAGGGAAAAGUUCUGUUUUUGUUAUGAUUUGUGGUACACAGUCAUUCAACAAAGACAUUUGUUGUUAUGUAAGGAAAUGUGGUGUGAGAGAAGAAGACACCUUGGUUCUAUGAUUUAAGUGUUCAGCUAUUGCGUAAACAAAGUGAUGAAUAAUGUUAGGGUUGGAUUAGUGAGAGAGAUUUUACAGGGUGUGAUAUUUAAACAGAAAAAUACUCAUAUCGUGCAACUUUUUAACACAUUGUGAACCAUAAAUAUUAGUGUGAUUGGUGAUGUUGACACUCUGUUCUAUGUGAUUUUAUUUGCUCUGUUUGUUUGAAAGUAAAUUUGUACUGAAAAACAAGGUAGUAACAUAUGUGAAACAUGUGCCUAUUAUCAGUGAAGCCUUGUUCGUGGUUUUUGUAUGUGUACAAAGUUUGUCAUUUUAUAUUUACCAUACAUUUAUACAUCAGGUAGAAAAUUUGUGAGACUGGUUGUAAUUGUUCUUUACGUAAAGUUUAACAUAAAUGUGAAUGAUUGGUUUUGUGGUUAGCUGAAAUUGACCUUGUGUGCUGAAUGCUGUAUAUUAUUGUAAAGUGCAAGAUUGUUUUGGCAACAUAAGUAUUUUGAUCAUAUUCAGAUUAAAAAAACUACAAAAUUAAAUUGCAAGAAAAUAAAUUUUUAAAGGUAAA